AUGUUACGGGUUCUUGCUGUGUGUUUGACGAUUUCUUGGUCAUUAUGCAUGACAGAAGGAGUGCGUGCGGUUGGGGAAUUGAACGAAAGUCUGCAGAAGGAAAAGAAAAAAGCUAUCGAGAAUUUUGAGAAGCAAUCGGACCGAGCCACUGACUUUGCAACUGUUGUGGACACCUCAUUUUUAAAAAUUGUCAGCGAGCAGAAACAGUUUAAAGAACUAAUUGAGGGAAGGACUGCGCUCGGUGAAUUGGUCGGCAAAAUGGAAUCGAUGGACUUGGAGCAAGUGGAUUUGAAUGAAGUGAUCGAAGUAUUGGGAGAUGCAAUGGAAUACUUGCAAAAGGUUCGUCGACAAUGGAACGAUUUGGUUCAAUUCUUUGACGAGAUAAAAAAGAUUAUUGAUCAAAACAUCAUUGCGGACAACCUGAAGCCGACUCUACGUUUAGUUAGCUAUUGCAUUCAAGUGGAUUCCCAAAUCGAUCCCGUAAUUUUGAAGUCGACUCUACGUUUAGUUGCAUAUUGCAUUCAAGUGGGAAACUCGGCAAGACUGUACCAGAUCGUUUCCGAGAAGCACAUCACUUCUAAGCUUCGUUAUGUUGCCGAUCGUCUCACACUUGACAAGGUAAAAGCCAAGCAACGAAAAGCACGCUUCAAGCACAAAUUCCAAGAGCUGACAAACGAUGUGACAAAACUGAAUAUCAAGAAUCUCCACACAUUAUCAAACGAAAAGCAAUUCGAGUAUAAA